UCUCCCGGACCCCGUCUGGGUGCCGUCCAGGCUCGCCGUCGCCAUUUGUUCCUCCUUCGCGCCCGCCCGCUCAAAAUCCCCCACCUGCAUCAACCGAGCAUGGCGGAGGAGCAGAUGGAGGAGGCGUCCACGGCAGCGGCGGAGGCCACGCCGUUCCAGCUCCAGUUCGACAAGCCCAUCCCGUUCCAGAUAAAAAUGGCAGCAUGGAAUCCAGAGAAGGAUCUGCUUGCUAUGGUUACUGAUGACUCCAAGGUUCUCCUCCAUCGCUUCAAUUGGCAAAGGCUAUGGACAAUCUCUCCAGGGAAGUGCAUCACAUCUAUUUGCUGGAGCCCUGAUGGUAAAAUAAUAGCACUUGGAACAGAAGAUGGUUUGGUGCUUUUGCAUGAUGUUGAGAACGGGAAGAUGCUAAGAACUAUAAAGUCCCACGAUGUUGCCGUUGUAUGUUUGAACUGGGCAGAAGAUGAUCUACUAUCAAGGCCUGACAAGGAUGAGUUUUUACCCUAUGAAGACCGCACCGCACGUUUCUUUCCUCCUGCUCCUGUGAUGCCUAGGAUAGGUGGAUUAAGUUCUGGAGAUACUGGUCUUGCGGAUGAAAAUGAAGAAGCCAUUCCACAAUUUUGUAGUGCUUCCUGUCAGCGUUUUAACAUCCUAUGCAGUGGUGGUACAGAUGGUUGUGUUUGCUUCAGCAUUUUUGGAAUAUUUCCUGUUGGAAAGAUAAACAUAAAUAAGAUUCCAAUCAAUGUUGAAUCCUCUGGAAAAAAUAAUUAUCAACUCCAGGAUGCUUCAGUAAGCAAGGUCUCUUUAUCAAGAAACCUCCAGAAAUUGGUUGUUCUGUGCUACGGAAAGUUGAUUGACACUGAAAACCUUUCUCACAACUGUGAAAUUGCUGGAUUACAUUGUCUCUACCUAGAUACAUCUAUCUUUUUCAACCGAAAAAAUGAGCUGCAUCAGGUGUCCCAACAAGCAUCGAGUAUUCAAGAUCUGGUUGAAGUUGUCCGUGCUUCCAUAUCUUUGAUAUCCAAACAAUGGUCAAGUACCAUGAAUUUAUUUCAUGAGAAAUUUAAUACCUUGCCCAAUCUGAUAGCUGCACAUGGAGCGGAAUCUAGUUCUGAGGAUGAAUUUCUAAGCCUUUUGUUUGGGACACGAACAAGUCCAGCACUUCACCAAUUUUUAGCGAGUUCACUUGGCGAAGCAGGUCUCAAGAGGAUAGCCAAGGCUGUUGACAGUGCUGGAAGAGAAAUUCGUGGCGUUGUCAGUGAGCAUCUUCAGCCUGCUGUCGAGAUUAUUUCAUUCAGACUCGCAGAAUUAAGAGGCCUUGCAAGAUGGCGUUCACGGUUUCAAAUUAUCGGGUUAGAUGAAAAGCUUGUGGAUGGUGUAACUGAAAGUAUAGGGAUGUUAGUUGUUCAAGUUGAGCGCUUUUCAAGGGUUGCAGCUACUGUUCUUUAUCUGUUUCAAAACUUCUUCACCUGGGUUUUAAAGUGUGUUAAGAUAUUACUAAAUGAACCAACUGAUCAAGUUCCAGCAGCAAACAGUGAACUUGUGGUGAUUUUUCUGAAGUUCCUCCUUGAUAAGGAUCCAAUCAAACAGCUACUUGAAGCAGACGAGAGAAUUGAGUGUGAUAUGGAUUCUGCAAGACAUGUUGAGCAACUAGUAGUUUUUGGAGGAUUUACAGACACUCAAUUUUUGGAAAGGAGUUUAGUAAAACAAUUCAAUCAAUUGGAAGAUAGCUUGAAGGAGGCUUUCUUGAUGCCGUUUACCACUAUCUCUUCGCAAAUACACUGUCAAGGAUUGCUUCCUCUAUACCCUGUUACGUCAUCAGAUACCUUUUCAUUAACAUGUACACCGACAUCGAUAUCAUUCUAUAAGGAUGAAGAUUCACAACAUGAGGAAUCCUCACAUAACUGGACUGAUUAUGUAUGCUUCAAGAUACCUGAUGGAUCAUUAAAUGAAAGAAAUUGCAUCGGUGUGAUAAAGGACUCCGGUAACUGUUGUACUGCUCUCAGCAUGUCGUCACUUUCAGGUUUUCUAUUGCAUAUGCCUGACGAAUAUGAGUGUGUUGACCUAUCGCUUUAUAAGGACAACCAAGUAGUUUUACUACUUAGUGAAAGGUCUCAUUCUGAUAGCCCUGGAAGAUCUUGGAUGGUGAUGCUGCAGACACAGAACCUUUCCUUUACGCCGCUCUCAGGAACAUUCCCCACAAAUAUUUACAGUCUGCAAAAACUGGUGGCACUGGAUCUUCAAUUGGACACAGAUUAUGGGAAAGUUCGUAGCAUACCUCACACCGUAUCUACUCCACUUGCAGUCAGUGCAUCAAGAGGAGUUGCAUGUGUCUUUUCAUCUCGGAGGCAUGCCUUGGUUUAUAUCCUUGACGAGGAUGAGGACGAGGACGAGGAUGGGGAUGAAGUUUCUGAUAUGGAGUGAUUGUUAUCCAAUUCGCGGCAGCUUGACCUCAGACAUUUCAGCGAAUGUCAUCAUACGGCAUUAAGCUGGAAAAACAAUGAAACAGCAUUGUCUGCUGGCCUUCCUGUGGUGGAGGCAGGAGCAGGGAGUUAGCAAUAUAUACGGAAACUAACUUGGCCUCUAGUUUUCACGACAAAUCACUAAAGCAGUGCAAGCUCUGGUUCUGAAGCUACAUCAGCGUGGUGGCAGGUCAGAAUGUGCUGCCGCUUUUGGGGCUGAAACUGUCAGCUGUAUGGGUGGGCUCUGCAAGUUGGACUUGAUCGUGGUUAUCUGCAAAGCGAGCUUUGAUGUGAAAUGGUUUCGCAAUAUCUUUAUUUAUAUCCGUUGCCCCGUGUCUGAUCGUGUUGUGUUACAAAUGUUGGUGUAACGCUAACGUGCAAAAGAGUUUAUCUUACUAAUCUUGAUGUUUACAAGGGCUGAUAUGUCAAACGAGGACAUUUUUUGUAGAAUCAAUUUUUGCACCGUUCGAAUUGCUUUGAUUUGGAAACAUAUUAAGUGCAAACAUUUUUCUU